UAGAGGUUGCACGCAUUCCUAGUGCCAGCUGGAACUCGCGUUGGUGACAAGACAACCUUAAAGUCUGUUGGUCUAAAUCGGGGCAGCGUCAUAAUAGAUAAAAACAAGCUCGCACAUACUCUUGGGUCAUUAUAAAAGUGAAUUAUUUGGUGAACACUGUCCACUGCUUUAAAGAACAUCCACGCAAAAUUUCACGGUAAUUUUUCCAUUGACAAAUUUUCUCCGCUUGUGACGUCUAAAAUUGAUAGAGUAGCUUUACAGUGACUGAUGUGAAGUGUUUGAGCGAAACAAUAAUUUGACAAUCCCAACAGCAAGAGACCAAAGACAAAUCAGACAGGCAGGUUUUAAGGAAGAAGGAGGAAAAACAGGAAGAUUUUUCCCAGAAAGAAUUCUUUCCUUUCUUUUUCUCUUCUUCUUUUCAUUGGAUUCUUCUGUAGAGCGGAUGCCUAGUGAGACUCGCCAAUUAAGAUAAAAGAUUUAGCGAAGUUCUUUUGGGAGGUUACUUUCUUGCUUAGUAGUACACACAAGGAACUCCAAAUAGGAAAGAAGAAAGGGACGAAGUAAUAGCGGUACGAAAAGGAGGAGGAGGAGGAGGAGGAGGAGGAAGAAGAGAGGGGAGGUAAAUAGAAAAGUGAGGAUUAGAUGAACCGGACAGAGAACAGAAAAUACUAAUUGUAGAUGUUAAACUGUAAAAAAGUGAAAUGACAUCUUAGGCGUACUGUUUUUUAGGGGGGGUGAGAAAAUAAUAAGGAAAGGAAGAAAUAAAAGCAAAUAUGACGGAAAGACGUCCUCCCCAGAUAUAGAAGGCUCCAUCUCAUCCACAAAAGCAUCGAACGAUAUAGAACACGUUGUCGCUGAGGCAAAAAUGCUGGGUGGUCGUGGACUAGGUUCAACAGUGCUGGAAUUGGUGUGGAUAUCAUGGCUGGCAUCUGUUUUAUCAAUAUUGGGUCAGAUCAGAACAGAGGUCAUGGCCAGUGGUGUACAAUUAGAUGGUGACCUAAUUUUGGGAGGUCUCUUUCCCGUCCACGAGAAAGGGGACAAAACCCCAUGCUCUUCAGCAGUUUACGAUAGAGGACUUCAGAGACUGGAAGCUAUGCUGUAUGCCGUUGAUCUUAUCAACAGGGACCCAGAGCUCCUCCCAAAUAUCUCUUUGGGUGUACACAUUUUAGACACUUGUUCCAGAGAUACUUAUGCUCUUAAUCAAUCUCUAGAGUUUAUAAGAGUGUCGUUAGAUGCCCUGGAUACGUCAGGACUUGAAUGCUCAGAUGGGCAAGCUCCCAGGGUCAAAUACCGGGCAAAACCAGUUCGUGGUGUAGUGGGUGGUUCCUAUAGCUCUGUCAGCUUACAGGUUGCCAAUCUGUUCCGACUCUUCCACAUUCCACAAGUAAGUCCAGCCUCAACUGCAAAGGCACUCUCUGACAAAGAUCGAUAUGAGUUUUUCGCCAGGACCGUCCCACCAGACACAUUCCAGGCUAUGGCCAUGAUGGAUGUCAUGCAACUUUUCAACUGGUCUUAUGUAUCCACCAUCCAUUCAGAAGGGUCCUAUGGAGAAUUUGGUAUAGAAGUCAUUCGGAACUUGGCCAUAGCUCGUAACAUGUGCAUAGCUGUAUCUGAGAAAAUUCCACACAACGCUGACCAUGAAAUUUUCGACACAGCCGUCAAAAAUUUAUUGAAAAAGCCAACUGCAAGAGCAGUUGUGCUUUUUACCCGUGCAGAGGAUGCAAGAGGAGUGUUGGCAGCUGCGAGACGGCUUAACUUGACGUCAUACUUUCACUGGGUGGCAUCCGACGGCUGGGGAAAACAAAGCCAUCUGGUGGAGGGCCUCCAAGACGUAGCAGAAGGGGCCAUCACAGUCGAGCUCACCAGUCAGGUGGUCAAAGGAUUUGAUGAGUAUAUGUCCAGACUGACGCCUGCCAGCAAUAGAAGGAAUCCCUGGUUCCCAGAAUACUGGGAGACUUUCUUUGGAUGUAAAUUGGGGCCCCCUGGUAGUGAUCUUGCGUGCCCUAAGGACAGAAGAAUCACAACAGAGUCUGGUUAUCAGCAGGAUCCGAAGGUGCAAUUUGUGAUAGAUGCAGUUUAUGCCUUCGCCUACGCGCUAUCCGACUUGCAAGGCAGUGUCUGCCCCGAGGAGAGCCACGUCUGCGACGCAAUGAACAACUACGACGGGGGCGCCUUCUAUAGGGACCACCUCCUCAAAGUCUCCUUCAAAGGCGUUGUCGGGUCACAAGUGAAAUUCGACGAAAGGGGUGAUGGGCCAGCCAGAUACACGAUAUAUAACUUCCGAAAAAUACCUGGUACAAACUCGUACAACUACAGUGUUGUUGGACGGUGGUACAGGAUGUUACAUCUAAACCUGAGCAAGGUAUCGUGGUCAGGAAAUUCGCCCACUGUGCCAACGUCAGUGUGUUCAAGUCCAUGCCAAGUGGGGGAAAUCAAGAUAAUGCAACAGGGAGAUGCGUGUUGCUGGAUAUGUACGCCUUGCAAGGACUGGGAGAUGAUCGUUGGAGAGUUCGCCUGCGAGGACUGCGGCAACGGCCGCUGGCCUUACGAAAAUAAGAGUGACUGCUAUGACUUGCCUCAUAAAUACAUGCAAUGGAACUCGAUUUUCGCCAUUGCUCCGGUAGCCAUCUCGUGUUUGGGAAUCGUGCUCACCCUCACAGUCAUCAUCAUUUUCGGGAAGCAUGACGACACCCCAAUCGUCAAAGCAUCCGGAAGGGAGCUUUCCUACAUGUUGUUGUGCGGCAUUCUCAUCUGCUACCUCAACACCUUCUUGCUCCUUGCAAUGCCCGGCCUCAUCAUCUGUGCUCUCCAGAGGUUUGGGGUUGGCUUCGGCUUCUCUAUGAUCUACGGAGCUUUGCUAACGAAGACAAAUCGCAUCUCCAGAAUUUUUGAUUCCGCCUCCAGGUCAGCUCGACGACCUGGUUUCAUCAGUCCCAAGAGUCAGGUCAUUAUCACCUGUUCCCUUGUCUCCGUCCAGGUGGUGGCAACUGUGGUGUGGUUAAUCAUUGAGCCGCCCGGGGCUAGGUUCGACUUCCCAUCUCGCGACCAGGUUAUCCUCAAGUGUCGUAUUAAAGAUUCUUCAUUUCUCUUGUCGCUGGUAUACAAUAUGUUCCUCAUAACGACCUGUACCGUCUACGCCGUCAAGACAAGGAAAAUCCCGGAAAACUUCAACGAGAGCAAAUUCAUCGGCUUCACUAUGUACACCACUUGCAUCAUUUGGUUAGCUUUCGUGCCAAUAUACUUCGGCACUGGAAACACUUAUGAGGUACAAAUAACGACACUGUGCGUUGCGAUAUCGCUAUCGGCCUCGGUGGCGCUGGUGUGUCUAUAUUCCCCUAAGAUCUACAUCAUCGUCUUCCAUCCCGAUAAAAACGUACGUAAGCUCACCAUGAACAGCGCUACCUACAAGAAAGCUCCGACAGCCUCCAGCGCCGUCUCCCUUAACCAUGGAUCGGAGGGGGUGAAACUGCAGACGGUGCCGGGGACUCCCUCCCGGACUGCAACGGAAGGAGGAAGCCAAGGCGCAAUAGAGAACGAGGCAUUACUUUGAAGGAAACUCCACUGGACUAAUGACAUCGGAAGAAGAAGAAGAAGAAGGAACUUGUGGAGUUCACCAUAAUGCAGAUUGAAUCAUGAUGAUAAACGGAUUACAUUGUGAAGAAAAGACCUUGGUGUCUACACAGGAAUCUUGAACGAUUUCAUGAAGAUAAGUCUGAUAAUGAGGAAGACAGUAAUGAUGAUGGCAGUAGCAAUGUUGAGGAAUAAUUCUUGAGAGUUGCCGUUAAAUUUGAUUACCUUUUAAAUGAGUCACUUACGCCAUGACUGUCUAUUUAGUCUUCCUCUACGUUAAAUUCCUCCUUUUACCGAGGGACACUGCUGCAUAUGUAUCAUUAACUUUUCUGCUUUUGAACCAUAUGAAACAUCGGUGCUUAAAACUCUCGUUAUUUAGAUAUGCUUCAGACUGUAUGAAUUUCUCGAGUAUUUAAUUAAAAACUAAUUGUGUAAGGAAUAUUGGCCCAGUGAUCCUGAAGUGCUUCAGAUAUCAACUUGGAAGCACAGGAAAGGUUAUAUAGCCAAAGGUCUUAAAAAUUUAUAUAAUGUUAAAAUAUAAUUUUUAUCUCUUUCCAAAUACGACGAAUGUAAAUAAGUAAUGAUUCACUGGUUGUCCCAUUUCAAAAUAGACUCCGUUUCAUAAGUGAAACCAAGACGAGGAAUGAAGUUAAUGGACAAAAUCAUGAUAAUGAAAGAUAAGUUUAAAAGCGAUGACUAAAAUCGUCCAACUCUAUAAAGAAGUGCCAGAUUACUUCACUCUAUCUAUGCUCACUGUGUCGAGAAAUAAAAAUGGCUGAUUUCUCUUGCAAUAAUAUGUUGUGAAACAUCAUUGCUCCUAUAGUGCUUCCUUAUAUAACAUCAUUUCUUCGACCGUGCUGUACUGUAUGAUAAUGAUAAUCGGUUUGGGUUGAUCUGAAGAGUCACUUGUUACUAAUUUUACCUAAGAUCGUUUAGCUAUUUGUAUUUCUUAUUUACAAAGAUUAAAAAACGUUAUUAACAAUAAAUAUAACAAAAAACUUUUUCAAAUAUACAGUAAAAUGGUAGGCCUUCUUGAAAAGUGGAGUUAUCAUAGAUAUAAAGCGAAGCUUUCGACUUGACUGAUAAAUAAAAGAAAAGCAAGAUAUUCCUUUUUACAAUUGAAAAUUCAAUGUAAGUAGCAAAUAAUGGAUACCUAUAUAGAAUUCUUUUAGACAUUAAAUAGUUACUUUAAUACAGUAACGAAACAUAUCACCUGAUGCAACAAACGAUUUACCACCAGGGAGAAAUGAAGGGUGAUAAUGAUGUCAUUGUAUUUUCACGCCGAUGUGUUAUUUUUUUAUCAACGUUUCUUCGUUGCUAGAUAUCCAGGGGAUGUUCACUUUCCUUCAAGUAUAAAGUACACACGUGUGUACUAUGGUGCUCUCGUCUUAGGUUUGUUACUACCUCUACAACUACAAAAAAUAAUAUUC